CCGUAAGUGGAUUACUUUCUAUAAAUACUCGGUCCCAUUCUUCUUCCCUCCUUGCUAAUUUCCAUUUUGUUAGUUCGGUUUAGGUGGAGAGAGAGAGAGAGUGUGUUGAGAUUUUUUCUUUCAUUUUUCUUAUCAAUUUCUCUUUAUUUGUUAGGUGUUUUUUCUCUUUCCUCAUUUUUGUAGGUAUAUUGUGGAAGAAGACUUUGUAGCUUGACUUUGUUCAAAAGCAUACGAUUCAGGGAAGGCCGUAAAGUUGGAGUGAAAUUAGAUUGAAAUCUUAGAAGUUUCUCUCUUUGGAUUUGAAGAAAUGGAGGUAUAUGGAAAUUCUAUGGUUGCCGCUCCUUCAAAUGUUAUUUAUCUGUCAAGUAUUUUGGGCCAUGAUGGUCCGAGUUCUGUUCACAAAUGCGACUGGAAAUGCCAGAACGAACGUGUUUGCGGAAACAUGUUUCGCUGCAAGCUCACAGGGCUGACACACAUCUGUGAUAAAAACUGUAACCAGAGAAUUCUGUAUGAUAACCAUAGCUCCCUUUGCCUAGCAAGUCGUCAGAUUUUCCCCCUGACUCCAACAGAAGAACAGGCAGUGAGAGGCGUUCGAAGGAAGCUCGACGCGGCAGAGAGUUCGCCUGUUGAUAACAUCGGUUGUAAGCGUAGGCGGGAUGCACAGUUCCAUCCUUCUCCAUUUGAGAGAUCUUUCUCUGCUGUCAGUCCUAUCUGCAGCCAAGUUGGAGACGGCAUGGAUACAAAUUAGAUAUCGAGAUUCAUAUAACUGAAGGAGAUCUUUAUCGUUUUUCCGUUUUUUUUUACUUCAUUACUGAUGAGUAUCCAUAACUGAACUUGAACACUUAUGAAUCGCCGAUUGGUGGACAUGAUGUGUCCCCAUUCGCCGUAGGUCGUCUUUAUGUUUCUAGUAAUAAUGUAAUGCAGUAUUUUAAGUAGCUUGACUGUUGAAUGGAGAUUUGAGCAGGCUGUGUGUAAACAGUUAUGAGACUUGAAUUGAAAUCCGUUUCUUGCUAA